UAUAAAAUUUUGCAAUAUUAAGAUAAUAAUAAAAUUUUAUGCUGGACUUAAAGUAUAGAACAUGUAGAAUGUGCAAACGUAGGGUAGACUAUUAUUUACCUGGACGAACUACUGGGUAGGCAGGUAUAAACAGGUAUGUCAAUACUAGUUACUCUCACUAGAUUCGAUAAUAGAAAAAAAUUUAUAUCAGCAUAAGCGCUGUUUUAUUCUGAACACGAUGAUAUAGGGUUGACUGCAAAAAAUUCGGUCCUAAUAGGGGUUUACAAAUUUUAAAAAUUUUAAUUUCAACGCGUCCGGAAAUGAGUGACAGAGAGAUCCGAGGUAAGUAUACUGUGUGAUAAUAAAGGACCGAACAUUGCUGUUGUGCCAGAUGGGAUCGUGAAUAUAAGAAAGUGCGCAUGCUCGGUAUGUAAACUUUAUAGAGAGUAGAGGUACCUCUGCUAUUCUCCAUAUUGUAAACAGUACGUGUUAUUUUGGAGUAGCUUAUUUCGCGUCGUAAACACGUGUUGUUCUGUAUCGUUGUGAUAAAAAAUGGCUAAAAAGUGUUUUUUGUGUGGCUUGGACGAUUCUUUAAUUUAUUUUACAGAUGAAACUUUUAAAAAUUGUUCGUCAAAGCUAGCUUUUCGUAAAAAGAAAAACUUUAAAUAUCAAGAAGUUGAACUAACUAAAGCAGCACUCGAUUUUGUUGGUUACCAUACCACGUGUUACAAAAAAAUAACUGCUUUACAAAGUAAAUACCAUGAAGAUUAUAAAAAUUUUCUUACAGAGUAUUCAGAACAUGUCAAUACUUCAAUAGCUGAUGAAGGCACAGAAUGUCUAGAUUCUAGUGUUCAUUCUAGUAAAGCGGUAACUGAGGAUGAAGAAAAUAAUACUGAUGUCACAUCGCACACUCCUACGGAUUUGGAUGAGGGUGCGUCAACAUCAACAGCAUCGUCGUCCAAUAUAAGUACAUGCUUAUUUUGCAAUAGCGUAAGAAAAAAUGUCGGGAAGAAGAAACAAAAUCUCACAUGUCCUCAAACUGACCAAGUUACUCAAAAAAUAAAACAAAUAGCUAAAAAGACUGAUGAUUCACAAAUUUUGUCAAAACUUGAAAACCAAGCUAUUGCUUAUCAUCAGUCUUGCUACGCAUUUCAUUUGACUAAAGAAAAACGGUCCACUCAGGAACAAAACGAUUCAAUUAACCAGAAAUAUCGUAAUAUACACAAAUUGGCUUUUGAAUCGUUAAAAACUUUCAUUGUAGAAGAGGUCAUUGACAAUAACAAAGUAAUGUAUUUCGUUCAACUCUUUCGAAGAUACCAGGCUUUGUUAUUGGAGUUUGGAGAUUGUGAAAUAGAUUUUGAUUUUAUCAAAGAUUAUCGACCUAAAAUGUUGCAGAAAAAAAUAGAAAAAAUCUUUGGUGAUCGUGUUACUAUUGAAGCAUCUACUGGCCCACGUCAUCAAAAAAUUAUCUACAAGACGGACAUUGAUAUCCCUAUUAUGGCAAAUAAUAUCAAAUUGUUGGAAAGCAAAGAAAAGCACAAAUUUGAAGAUGUUGCAUACGAUUUGAGAAGUUGUAUUAAGAACAUUGAUUCUCAUCCUCUUCCUAGACGUUUAACUGCUGAUGAUAUCAUAAGAGGAGAAUGCGAAAUUCCUCAGGAGUUAUUUAAUUUUAUACGAAAUCUCGUAUGUGGGCCAAACUUUUGUGAGGAAAAUGCUGAUUUAACUACACCAAAAAUAACAUCAAUAUGUAGUGACAUAAUAUACGCUGUUACCAAGGGAAAAUGUAAGCCGGCGAAAAACUUAACUCUUGGACUGGCAAUGAAGUCUUUAACUAACUCUAAGAACUUAAAGUGGUCUUUUAAGAACUAUAAACACUAUUAAGAACUAAAAAGUGGUCUCUAAUAAAUUAUUUGUUAUAACUUAACAUAUAUUUUUAACUAUAAAAAAGAACCGUUUA